AUGCCGCCCAAGAAGGCAGGUGGAAAGAAGAACAAAAAAGAUGAAUGGUUUGUACUGUCAUUGUUUUCAAGUAUAUAAACUACUUCAGGGAUGACGAUGCCGCUGAAAAGAAAAUUGCGUCGCUGUCGAUUCAAAAAGAAGAAAGCCCUUUUGACGAAGAUGAGCCUGUGAAACGAGCGCCGCCAAAGAAGAACAAGCUCGCCGCGUUCAGUAUGCUGGUGAGAUGAUCACUUUAGAAGUUAAGAUCAUUCAAUAAACUUGAGGAGGAUGAUGAUGAGGUCGAAGAGAAAGAGCCGUCUGACGAAGAACAAGAGGUCGUAGUUGUGGAGGAGAAAAAAACAAAGAAAGAGAAGAAAAAGGGCAAGAAAGAUAAAAAGGUUGAUUUCGAAAAGAAUUACUUUGAUUGAAACAAUUAUUUAAGGGUAAAGCAGAUGACGACGACGACCUCGACGCUAUUCUGGCCAGCAUCGAAAGUGGCGAAAAAGCCCAGAAGCCGAAAACUGCUGAGCCAGUCGCUCCUCCGCCUGCUCCUGUGACUGCUCCUGCUUCGGAACCGUCUGCAGGCCCCGAAGAAGCUGUUGCAGGUUUUGCUGCUUAUUAACGUUUAGAAGUUUGUAGUUUCCAGAACCUGUAGAAGGAGAAGCCGUCGAGGAAACGGAUGAUAAGAAGAAAAAGAACAAGAAGAAGAAGAAGGGAGCCAAAGACAAGGCUGAAGAGGUGGCUGAAUUUCGCACUUUUGUGGGAAGUUACGAUCUUUUUCAGGAUGGCGAAAAAGAAAAGGAAGAAACACCUGAACCAGGUCCAUCAAAGGAAAAAGAAGACGAGGAGGACGCUGGCUCAGGAGAUGAGGCGGCGGAUGACAAGGACAAGAAAAAGAAGAAGAAGAAAAAGGACAAGAAAGAAAAGAAGGAGAAGGAGGAGAAGCCUAAGAAGAAGACACAAGUAAGAAAUAAUUUCUACCUUGCUUUUAUUCAAACUUUUUUUAGAUUGAUAAAAUCAAAGAGUUCUUGAAAUUGCAACAAGAGGCCAAGGAAGAAGAAGAACGGAUUAAACGCGAGGAAGAAGCCCGUUUGGAGGCUAUUGCCAAGCAACAGGAAGAAGAGGUAAAAGAUGUUACGAUCUUUAAUUAUAAUUGGCAUACCCUUAGGAACGACUGGCCAAGGAAAGGAAGGAGGCCGAAAAGGAGAGAAAACGUCUGGCGAUUGAGAAACAAAAGGCCGAAGGAACUUAUCUCAGUGCUGCUCAGAGGAAAAAGCAGCAGCAGACCUUGGAGAAGCUCGCUGCUGCAGGAAGUUGGUACUUUUUAGAGCAAUCAGGAAGUUAUCUGGUUCAGUCACCCUUCCUUCUGGGCGCGAAGAAGCCGAAGAAACUGAAAAGAAGAAACCAGUCGUUUAUAUGGAUAAGAGGUUUUAUAUUUUCAACUAAGCGGUUUUAUCAUGGCUUUUAGAACGCUGAAAAGACAACAGGCCCGUGAGCAGAAAAAGAAGGAGAAGCUCGGAGAGGGAAAAGAUGCCGGUUUGAAACUUCAGUAAACGUUCAUAAUUUGUGAGUUGUUCAGCUGAAAGUGCUGAGCCGGCCGAAGAUUCGCCGGAACCGGUUAAGGAGGAAGUUGUGGAAGACGCUCUCGCUAUCGAAGAAGUAAUCUAGAAACAUUCUAAAAGCUUCUAAGGACUUUUUUUCAUUAGGAAGAAGAAUCCAAAGAAGCAGAGGAAGAAGAGCCGCUCGAUGACUGGGAAAUGGCCGAGGAAGUCGAAGAAAAAUCUGAAAAAGUGGAAAAGAAAGAUAUUGCCAAACCCGAUACUGCACCUAAAGACGUUGCCAUGAUGGUUCGAUCGUUUUGGAAAAAAAAAUGUUAGAAUAUUUUUUACAGAGCGACUCUUCAGACGAUUCGGAGGCGGAGAGUGAAGAAGGAAGCGAUGAAGAAGAGGAGGAAAGUUCCUCGGAAGAUGAAGCUGGAAAAGGUCGAGAAACUAAGGAGCAAAUCAUGGAACGAGUCAAGCUCCGAAUCAAGGUCUGUUCAGAUAAUACAGAAAAAUAAUUCAAAAAAAGCAUCUUUUUCAAAUAGUAAGCUUGUUGCAGAAACGACGUGAAGACGCGGAAUCCAAGCGCUCCACGGAUAAUCUUCGUUCUCCCGUCAUUUGCGUUCUUGGCCACGUCGACACAGGAAAGACCAAAAUGCUCGAUACGGUUUCCUAACUUUUUUCGAACUCUCAUUCAAUUUCUUUUUCAGAUCCGACGGACGAACGUCCAAGGCGGAGAAGCUGGCGGUAUCACACAGCAAAUCGGUGCUACUGAGGUUUCAAAUCAUUCUUUACCUGCAAUCAAAAAGUUUUUGAUCAUCGUUUUUUUUUUUGAUAUUUUCAAGUGUAUUAUUAUUUUUUGGAAUGUAGAUUUGAAAAAAAGGUAAGAAAAAAAACUACAAAAUAGUGUAGCCUGAACAGUUAGUUGAUAAGAUUGCUAAAAAAAAAAUUGGAAAAAAUAGUUUUGAAGCAUACUUUUUUUAAUGAAUAAAGUAAUGCGCAGGUUCCCGCGGAAGCCAUCAAAGAACGUUGCCGUCAGGUGAAGGACUUCAAGGCCGACGCGAUGAAAAUCCCCGGAUUCCUCAUCAUUGACACACCUGGUCACGAAAGCUUCUCGUAACCAUAUUUCCAUCGAAAUAACUUCAGUAUUUUUUUUUUCUAGAAACCUGCGUACCAGAGGUUCGUCCCUCUGCGACUUUGCCAUUCUUGUCGUCGAUAUCAUGCACGGACUAGAGCCGCAGACGAUUGAGUCUUUGAAGUUGCUACUUAAGGGAAAUACUCCGUUUGUUGUCGCCUUGAACAAGGUCCGAUUUUCCUCCUUAAAUUAGCUCUAUCGAGGAGGAGAGCAUUUUGAAAUGAAAAAAUAAGAAAUCAACUUUUUUCACUUUUUUGACUACAGUUCCCACAAAAAAAAUCCUUUUCAGAUCAAAUAAAAACUUUUUUUAAUGACCAGUGCUAAUGUUUUUUUCUCAGAAUUUAGUUAAUUGAUGUUGGAGAUUGAUUUAAGAUGUUCAAGAAAAAAAUUAUUUAUAAGUUUUGCUUAAAAAAGGUCACUGCUUUUCUUCAAACCCCAGUAUUAUGUUUUCUGAAAUACGUUUUGAGAUGCUAUAUUUUUUUCUCAAUUGUUUUCUCUAAAAUAUACUAAUUUCUCUACACUUUCCAGAUCGAUCGCUUGUAUGAGUACGAGUCAAACCCGCGAAAAGAUAUUUAUGAGCAUCUGAAGUCGCAGAAAACUCGUGUUCAACAGGAAUUCAAGGAACGAUACGAGGCGGUCGUCGUGGCCUUCGCUGAACAAGUUCGAUUCUAACUAGUAAAUUUCUUAUUUCAAUAAAUCGAUUCUGAAGGGGGUGAACGUGGUUCUCUCGAACAAGAACAAGAACGAGGAGGAGUACGUGAGCGUUGUCCCGACCUCAGCCUACCUUGGAGACGGAAUCGGUUGGGAAAUACUCUGUGCUUUCCCUGGAAUAAUGUCCAUUUAAGGUAACAUCAUGAGCUAUAUCGUCAAUUCCACUCAAACAACGUUUGCGAAGAAAGUGGCGUUCAGUGAGGAACUCGAUGCGACCGUUAUGGAGGUUAUUUUUGUGUGGAGAAGAAAGAUUAUCCAAUAUUUGGGAGGAUUUCAUUUGACUUUCUUAAGAAGAUUCCGAUUUUCAAUAAUUGAUUCUAGCAAAACAGUCUUUUUAUAUUUAAAAAAUGAACGAUUUUCAUAUCGAAAAAUUCAUUUUAAAACGUUAUAUCAGCUUUCAUUAAACGUUCAAAAACCCGCGGAUAAAUAUCGAAAAUAGACAGUUUUGUACGGUUUUUAACUCGAAAGGCUGAAUAAUUGUUGUAAACUCAACAUGCGGUUCAUAUCGCUGUGAAAUUAAAUCGCGUGAAAAAUAAUAUAUAAAAUUGGAAAUUUAGUCUAUGAUCUUUUCUGGAUCGUUGAACUUAGUUUACAAACGAUUACAGGCCUCUUAUUUUAAAAAAAUCUAUAGGGAAAUUCCAAGAUUUUUCAAGAAAAAGUCUCUCCCAACAAGAUUUUUUAAGGUGAAAGUGAUUCCGGGACUGGGAACAACAAUCGAUGUGAUCCUGGUGAAUGGAAAACUCAAAGUCGGCGAUAUCAUCGUUUUGACCGGAAGCGAUGGAGCGGUCAUGACGCAAGUCAGAGAACUGCUCAUGCCGAAGCCCUUGCGGGAAAUGCGCGUCAAGGUUCUUUGGACUUUCUGAUAAUUCGCUCAAAGACGGGAUUUCAGAACGAGUACGUGCAUUACAAGGAGGUCCAAGGCGCGCGUGGAGUGAAGGUUCUCGCGAAAAAUCUGGAGAAAGUUCUGGCCGGGCUGCCUGUUUUCGUCAUUGGACAGUAUGACGAAGUCGACUACUUCAAGUUCGUUUUGAUCCCUGAAAUAACUUUCUUCACUGUUGAUUGGAAAUAAUUUCUAAUUUUUUUCGAAUGAGGCAACUAGUUCCAAGAAGGAUAUUCAUUUUACAGACAAGAAGCGGAUCUCCAGCUCUCCAAGGCCCUUCACGCGAUCCGACGCAAGCCAGAAGGCGUCUAUGUCCAGGCAUCGACCCUGGGAUCUUUAGAAGCCCUCCUUGACUUCCUCAAGUCUCAGAAAAUCCCGGUUUUUAUCUGUUUUUUCAACCUGUUUCAUAUUUAUUGAUUUCCAGUACUCAAACGUCAACAUCGGACCUGUUCACAAGCGGGACGUACAGAAGGCGAGUGCCAUGAAGGAACACAAGCUUGAGUGGGUUUUCAUCGAUUUUCCGGGCCCAGGGAUUUUUCAAGUUGACCAAAAUUAGUGAAAUUUCAAUCACAGAUACGCCUGUAUCCUUGCCUUUGACGUAAAGGUGGAAAGGGACGCGCAGACUUUCGCCGACCAGGAAGGCAUCAAAAUCUUCCAGGCGGAUAUAAUUUAUCACUUGCAGGACAGCUUCUUGAAAUAUAGGUUUAUUUUUCUUUUGAAUUAUCAAUAUUUACCUUUUUUCAGGGAAGAACUGAAGGAGAAGGCGAGGAAGGAUCAUGAGCAUUUAGCCAUUUUCCCGUGCAAGUUGAGGAUUAUCCCAACGCAUAUCUAUAAAACGAGGUAUUUUCAUUCAAAGAUUCAUGAAGGAAAAAAUCAAAUUUGUAGUUAAUUUGAUCUUACCAUGAAUAGUAAGAAACCACUCAAGAAACCACUCCAAAAAAUUAUUUUUGAACAUUUUUUUUUUUGGUUUUGGACAUUUUUCUAGCAGUCUAUUGAACAAAAAAGGAAAGUUUGCGAGCCGAACAGAAAAAAUCCUUGAUUUUUCAUUCAAUUGAAUUGGAUCUCUCUAUACGCAUAUUCAUAAACAGAAACACAAUUUCAAAAAAAGAAGAAAGAAAUGAGAAAAAAACGAUUACAGAAGCAGUAUUUUUAGUUUGUAAAAAAAUAAUAUUUCAUAGAGACCCAAUCAUCGUUGGUGUGAGCGUGGAAGCUGGUCAAGUUAAGCGAGGAACCCCGAUUUGUGUGCCCAGCAAAGAAGUUUUAUCAUCACAGUUUCCCAAUCAAUUUCUGAAAAAUUAGGGAGUUAUGCUCGGAACUGUUGCAUCCAUCCAGAGGAACAACGAAGAAGUCCCGUUAGCGAAACAAGGAGAUGAGGUGUUUUUUAAAAUUUCUUCUAGAUUCAAUUUUUCUCUUCAAGAUUUGCGUGAAGAUUGAGAACACGACGGGAGAAGCGCCACGACUUUAUGGUCGACAUUUCAGUCAUGAGGAUAUUCUCGUGAGCAAGGUUUGUGGAGAAUUCCUUCUUCAAGCAUUGCUCUGGGAAAAUAAGACAUACAGAAUAGAAAAAAGAAGUGCCGCACUUUUUUUUUGUCGGCGAACUUUUGGGGCAUAUUUUCGGGUUUUCAUCGAAAUCUGUGCGUUCUAGUCAGAAGAAGACUUAAGAAAUAUAAAACUUCAUACCAAAAAAUUGUGUCAAAAAAGUUUUUUUCGUAUCUUUUCUGGCACAAGUCUUUAUCUCAAGUUUAAUUUAAUUCAAAUCAAUCAAUAAAAUCAUUUAUUUUUUUGUUAGUCAUAGAUGUAAUCGACUAGGCGGUGAACAAGAAUUUUCAAAGCUAUAACGAACAACCGCCUUUGGCGAACUAGAAGUUCAAACAUGUAGUCGAAAGAGUUGAAAGCAUGGUCUUACGGUCCUUCGCCUCGUUCGUCUGCGCGUAGUUCAUUCAAUUGCGCCUUGACGAGCUCACAUCGUAGCAGAUGUUGUGUUGAAGACACCGUGCUCUAGGUGGGAGCCUCGAAAUGAGAGCGACCACUUCUAGUGAAGAUUUCACACGGAACAAAGAUUUUACACAGAAUUCUUGAAAAAAAAAAUGAACGUUUUUUUUUCUUUUCCUCCUACUUCUCUCCAGAUGCAAAGUUUUUAUCUCAUCGACUUUCAAAUUUCCCUUUUUCGAUAAUUAUUCGAUCUUGAUGAACUUCGUAGACUCACACGAUUCAAGUUAAAAUUUUUUUGCAAAACAAAAAAAAACUUUUUUCUAGAUUUCUCGAGAUUCGAUCGACGUCUGCAAGACGUACUUCCGCGACGACCUGACCAAGGCCGACUGGCAGUUGAUCGUUCAACUGAAGAAAGUCCUUGACAUUAUGUGA